AUGGGCAUAGACGUUCGUGUGGAUGUGGACCGGCGGGAAAACGGCGGGACCUUCACCAACUAUGAUGUGAUACAGGGAACCGUCCGCCUCACCACUACAACUUCGAUAUCGUUAACGUACAUCCAGGUGAAACUUGAAGGCGUUGCUACAACGCAGAUGACGGUUCCUCGGACGUUGAAGAAGCGGAAGGAGAAGGAAAAUAGAGAGAAGCUUCUUCAGGACGUGCACAAGGUGCUCUACGAUUCCGUCAUUGUCUUUCCGCCAGAGAACAUCCGGAAUGUUUCCAACUCCAAGGAAUUCACCUUGACGCCGGGCGAUUAUACCUAUCCUUUCCAAUUUAAAAUACCUUUGAACAACUCGUGUGUAAAGACACUGGGCAUCACCAAUAAAGUGCUGUUCAGCAGAGACAAUCGACUGAUCUUGGUCAACAAUGGCAAUUUCAAUACAAGUUUGAUCAAGAACGUUGCCCAAAACUAUUUUCAAGCUUAUCCCAACCAGGGCCAGGGUCCUCCGGAGGUACCCAAGAAUCAGACGUAUCAUGUAAAUACCCAGCUUCCACCGUCCAUUAGUGACAUGGGUCUGUUCGCCAGUGUGCGUUACUACAUCAAGGUGACGUGCAAACGGUCCUCUGUUUUCAAGACCAACAUCAGAGCGUUCGAUCCAUUCACGUUUCUUCCACUUGAUUUAGACAGUCAUAACCGCCCGCUUUUCGAGGGACAGCAAUUUGAGGAGUUCCGGGAGGUGUUUUACAGGAAAGACAUGGUUUUCAAGAACCGAAUCCCCGAGAUUGUGGGCAUCAAGGUGUCGAAGAAGCCGGCUGCUGACUACAAAAAGGCCCUCCCAAGCACACCUCCGCUACCUCAGAGGAAGAGCUUUUUAUCGUCAUUUCUUGGAGGUACUCCAUCGCCUCCCACUCAACCGUCAAGACCUUCCUCUUCUCGAAGAUCCAGUAAUAGCAGCACGACUACACGCCAAACUAGCGCUGCUUACGAAAUCAGCGCCUCCAAUGUGCCUUUCAGCUUUGAGGUUCGCUUCAAGUACCGCUCCUACCUUAUACCCUCGCAUUUGCCCACAUUCAAGCUCUACUUGUUGCUGCACCACAACCCUGCCAGGUACUCGCUUGCUCAAUAUGGAUACCAAGAGGAGUCGAACGGCCUUGGUGUGAUUUACUUCCAGAAGCUUACAGUUGAGUUGCGUAGCACCACCAAUAUCACUGUUUUAGAGACGGAUGGUGCCGGAGAAGUUAUCCACCAGGGCAAGUCGGAGGAGGUGAUUCAAUUGUGUAACAAUACCUACCAGAACCUCCAGUUUGACCUUCACGAUGCCAAAAAGCUGCGCUCGUCUUCAGCUACAAGCAGCAGCUAUGUCGACACCAACGUGCACGAGCUCGAGAUUCCUCGCAAGUACUUUGACAACUGCACCCUUCCAGAUGGCCUUGCACCCUCCUUCAAAACGUGCAACAUCACGCGAAAGUACAAUCUUGUCAUAGUUGGCGGCUUUCUGAGCGAGCGCAUCAACGAUUUCAAGGACCGUGCUGAGGUGGAAAAGAAGGUUCGUUACGUGGACUUGUUCUGUCCUGACGUCCAGGUGCUUUCUGGGCUCAAGCUUACGUCGUGGCUCCACUCGAAUGCCUCCGAGUCAAACGUGAGCAGGACGUCGGAUCUGAAGCCCUCGCUUCCCGAGAGACCUCCGUCCAGCCUGGGAACAGAGGAGCCUGCUGCCAAUGGAAAAGAAGCCGAAAGCCGGCUUCCUACGUAUGAUGAUGUUGUGAGAGAGAGCUCGUACCAGGAUGACGGCGAGCACUUGCGGGCCCGCCGGCGGUACCAGAACUAG